CCUCCUGGGCCCGGCCGUCGUCGGGCCUUAUUGGCUGCUGGUUGGACCAGCCGGGUCCACUAGCCCUGGGCUGGGAGGCUGCUGCACCCAGUUCACACUUCAGCGCCCGUGGCAGGCAGGGCAGGGGGGGCCGCGGUCCUUGACCAGCUGGGGUCUGCUCCCAAGCCCACUCGGCUCCGUCCAGAUCGGCUCGCACCCUGUCCCGGCCCAGCAGGUGCCCCGCAGCCCACUCUGCCAACAUGUCCAAGGUAGCCAAGUACCGCCGGCAGGUAAGCGAGGACCCCGAUAUCGACAGCCUGCUGUCCACCCUGUCUCCCGAGGAGAUGGAAGAGCUGGAGAAGGAGCUGGACGUGGCGGAUCCCGACGGGAGCGUCCCCUUGGGGCUGAGGCAGAGAAACCAGACGGAGAAGCCGUCCACGGGCACGUACAACCGGGAGGCCAUGCUCAACUUCUGUGAAAAGGAGACCAAGAAACUGAUCCAGAGGGAGAUGUCCGUGGAUGAGGGCAAGCAAGGCGAGACCAAGGCAGACGCCAAAAACGGAGAGGAGAGGUGCAGAGAUGCCAGCAAGAAGCCCCUGGGCCCCCGACGGGACUCAGACCUGGGGAAGGAGCCAAGAAAGGGCGUCUUGAAGAAAAGCUUCUCGAGAGACAAGGAGGAAGCCGACGGCAAAAGUACAGAGAGGCCCAAGGAGGAGAAACUCAUCAGGGGCCUCGAGAAGGGCCGGGUCAGGGCCGCCGUGGACAGGAAGGAGGCCGGGAAGGAAGGGCGGGCACAGGAGGGGACAGCCGCCCCCAGGAAGGACGAGGAGAGGCAGGGGCGUGACAGGAGCCCCGGUGCAAGCAGGGACAGAGGCAGGAAAGGAGAGGAGAAGAAGGAGGCCAGCAGGAGAGAGGAGGUGGCGAAGGUGAAGGGGCGUGGGAAGGAUGCGGACGCCCGGACCGAGGGCCAGGAGGUGGCGAGAGGGACAGACGCCCGGACAGAGCGCCAGGAGGUGAAGAGACGGAGUGGGGACACGGGUGCCAGGACGGAGGAGGAGAAGGCCAAAAAGGAGGAGCCCCCGCAUGCAAAGGCACCCCGAGAGGAGAGCAAGACCCCAGCGCUGGAGCCCCCAGCCCCCGGGGCACCCCCCAAGCCGGCCGACGUGCCUGCCCAGGCCGGGGAGGAGGCGGCCCCCAGCAUCUUUGACGAGCCCCUGGAGCGGGUGAGGAACAACGACCCGGAGGUGACCGAGGUCAAUGUCAACAACUCAGACUGCAUCACCACCGAAAUCCUGGUGCGCUUCGCCGAGGCGCUAGAGUUCAACACCGCCGUCAAGGUCUUCGCCUUGGCCAACACGCGGGCCGACGACCACGUGGCCUUCGCCAUCGCCAUCAUGCUCAAGGCCAACAAGACCAUCACCAGCCUGAACCUGGACUCCAACCACAUCACGGGCAAGGGCAUCCUGGCCAUCUUCCGGGCGCUCCUCCAGAACAGCUCGCUGACCGAGCUCCGCUUCCACAACCAGCGCCACAUCUGCGGCGGCAAGACGGAGAUGGAGAUGGCCAAGCUGCUCAAGGAGAAUACCACGCUGCUCAAGCUGGGCUACCACUUUGAGCUGGCUGGGCCCCGCAUGACCGUCACCAACCUGCUCAGCCGCAACAUGGACCGGCAGCGGCAGAAGCGGCUGCAGGAGCAGCGGCAGGCGCAGGAAGCCCGCGGGGAGAAGGCGCUGCUGCAGGUGCCCAAGGCCGGGGCCCCUGCCAAAGGCUCCCCGAAACCCUCCCCGCAGCCAUCCCCCAAGGCCGCCCCCAAGAACUCUCCAGGGAAAGGGGGUGCCCCGGCUGCGCCCCCCCCACCCCCACCGCCCCUGGCCCCCCCACUCAUCAUGGAGAACCUGAAGAACUCGCUCUCACCAGCCACCCAGCGGAAGAUGGGCGACAGGCUUCUCCCUGCCCAGGAGAAGAACUCCCGGGACCAGCUGCUGGCCGCCAUCCGCUCCAGCAACCUCAAGCAGCUCAAGAAGGUGCAGGUGCCCAAGCUACUUCAGUAGGAUCCCACCGCAGGCGCCGACCGCCCCCGCCACGCCCGCCCAGGCCCCGCCUCCCAGGGCCGCACAGACCCCGCCCACCGCGCCGGCUGACCUGCUCUGCCUGGGAGAGCUGGAGGCCUGGGCCAGCUCUGCGAAGGAUGCUCUCCUCGCUUUCUUUUUCUUGUCUCUGAGGCUCUCCCCAAAUGUCUUUUAAGCCUGGAGCUGAGGUUUCUGGACAAGAAGAGUCCUUUUAGCACGUGACCGAGAAGAUGGCCCGCCUGGGGCCUAUGUGGCUGGCUGGCAAGCUGCCAAAGGCCUGGGAUUCGGGAAAGGUGUCCCCCAGGGACCAUGUGACCCGCCUGGCCCCACUGCCCUCCAGGGCAGGGAUUCAGCCUUCUGAGGAGCCCAUGGGGCAAGGCUGCUGGGCUGGUGGCUCUCUGCGAGGGGCAGGGGCCCUAGGGGAGAGGAAAGAGGGGCUGAGGAUACCCCCAGGCCUCUCUGGGCUAAUGAGAGGCCAUGGCAGGGGCACCGGGCCUGGUGGGGAGUGGGCUCCAGAUGGGAGGAGAGGAUAGACAGCGGCUGGACCUGAAGGUUUGAGGCCAAAGCAGACAUUUCCUCACAUCCACCUGCUGUUGUAUAAAUGGCUGUGUAUCUGUUUUUCCAUGAGAUUUUGAUAAUAUAUACAAGCCUUUAGCUGUGA